CGUUAUUGUACAGUGAUGGAGAAUAAAGAAGAAGACUUUAAAUUUGGGUUUGACCAAGAUGGAUCAGCGAAAAGAAGAAUUUCAUCGAUUCUUAAAGCCCCCCGGACAUCAAUGAAAGUGUUCGCUGCUGAGCAGGAUGAAAAUCAGCAGGAGGAAACUAGACCUAUUGAGAAACGCAGGAAUUCACGAAGAGUCAGCUUUGCCGCGACAAAUAACGUUCGUGUCUUCUCAAAAGACCUCAAGAAUGAAUCUCCUGUGCUGGCCCCUAUUCAGAACGUGAAUACUGGCUUGGACCCCAUGAUAAACCCAUCUUCACAGUUCCAUCAACUAAAGGACCCAAACUCAUUUCUCCAAGAUGAUCUAGUGGACAGAACUAUGUUGCUUGGUGAAGACACUGGCUAUAUGGAUAUGACUCACAGUCACACUAUUUCAAUAGAGAAGGAGGAUGUCAUUAAUGCAGAAUCAUCCUUUAAUAUGUUUGCCAGCUCUGGUGGGCAUUACUUCACAAACCUGAUGCCUUGUAAAAAUUCUGACAACGUUGAAAAAGAUGCUGUGCAUUUAGAAUUCAGUGACUUUCUUAGUAGUUUAUCGAAGCCAAGUGGACAAAAAGUUGUAGCCUUUUCCAAAAAAAUACAAGGUGAAAUGGACAAGGAAAAUGUCCUGCCAACUUUCUUCAAGCCGAUAUACUGUCCAGAACCACAAGUACUGCAGGCUAGAAAUUCAGAAGUUGUUCCUGGUAAUGAACAGACCAUGGACAUCACUAAGAGUCACACUGUUGUUAUUGAUAGGAUGGACUUCACUCAGCAUGCUUCACAUACAGUAGGCAGAAACCGCAGAAGCACAGGAUUGAAUACACGGUCUUUUGUGAAUGAUUCAGAUGACAUGGACCUAACUUGUAGUCAAACUGCAACUAUCAACAUGAAAGAUGUGGAAAAUUUAAAUCACAACAUGUCUUCUGCAAAUCAGAGAAGAUCCAGGUGUUUCUCUAAUGACGUCAGUGGAAUGGAUAUGACACAAGCUUUAGAUGAAUAUAUUCAUGAACAAGAGCAAAAAGUGAGGAAAGAUGAGGCUAUGUUCAUUUCUACCCAAGCAAGAAGAAUUUCAUCAUUUAAUCAGUCUGAAAUUAAGCAGUUGUCUGAAAAAAACACAACAAGGGACAUUUCUUUUGCCCCCAUGGCUGAUUGCGAUGAUAUGGAAAUAACACAAUCACAAACUGUUGUCCUUGAGACAAAGUAUGGAGGAGAACCUUUUCGCAAGUCAUUUGUAGCAGCAUCUUCCUCAACUGAUGAUUCAAGCAGAGUAAAGACGAAUGAAGGCCUUAAAGAAACAAGAGCAACAAGAAAUGAGAGACCUUUAAUGGACACUGUGUUGUACAACGAACAGAGUGACUUCAUGGAGUUGACCUGCCAAGCCUCAACUCUGGUUAUGUCUCCUACUCCAGAUGACAUGGAUUUGACAGGAUGCAAUACAGUCGCAAUAGACUCGGAAAAUAUUUUGCCAACUAACAAAAUGCCUUUAAGAAAACGUGCGUCUUUCAUGGUAGAGCCAGCGGUCUCUCUAGAAGUCGAAAUGGCCCAUCAGGUCAAAAGUAAUGAAAGUAAUUAUGACGACGUGGUUGACGAUAUGGAAAUGACACAAUGUCAGACAGUUCUGCUUGAGACCAAAGGCUGUGGGGAGUACAAUCAGUUUGGCAAAUCAGCGAAAAGUCUUGAUUUUACUGGCUAUAAAGCACCGAAAAGGUGCUCAUUCUCUGAGAGAAGGUUAACAGAGAGAUCUGUACCUUCAGUGCAGAUGCUUGAACCCCAUGGUCUGCCUGACUCUGUAAAAUUAGAUCACAUCAGUGCUUCUGACAUGCUAAGUGCACAUGCUGACAUGGAUCUCACAGGAUGCAGGACUGUCACCAUUGAUGCUUUAAACAUGAUGCAAAGUUUAGCCCGUGUGUCAUCUUCAAGACCAGUCAUGUCUGAUAAAAUGGAGACUUCCAGAGUAAUUGGUGUAAAACCAGUAACGGCGUUCGUGCCAAAAACUGUAUACUGCAAGUCUCCAGUUUCAGAAAUGGAGAUGGAUGCUUUAAGUCACACAGGCAACCACAAAGAAGCAAUGUCACACAUAACUGGCAUAGACCUGAUCAAAGGCCAGACGGUUCUAGCUGACCCUAAAAACAGUCAAACCUUGAGUCUCAGUAACAAGAAUGAAAGCUCAUCACUUAAUUUGACUUGCAGAGAUGAUGUCUUUGAUGAAGACUGUAAUAUGGAGAUGACUAGAGCUCUCACACAGCCCAUUGAAGACUGUAGUAUGGAGAUCACUAGAGCUUUAACGCAGCACAUUGAAGAACAGUGCAGUGUUGCCUUUAAUGAAAGUACGAAAAGUGCAGAGACUCUGUCUAGUAGCACUGACACUUAUACAUUUAAAAAGGUGGAUGGCGCAUUGCCUAUGGGCGCCAAAGCUGCAACAUCAGUCGAAAACAAAGGAUUUGCAAUCGAUCCAGACGUUGAUAUGAAAAAAGAGCGACCAAACUCCAGACGGAGGAGCCUUGCUGAUAUACAACUAAAACUUCAGAAUAUUGCCCAAUCUAUUGGUGAGCCAAAUGGAUUGGUGGCAGGAAGUGUUACAACACCUAUUGCCAGCUUUACAGUCAUAUCACCAGUUGAUACCACAAAAAAAGACAAUGUUGUGCAGUCUUUUAGGGAAGCUAACACUUUUAAAAAUAAACUGAACUUUGCGCAGAAAGAGGGCACCACACAGUUCAACCUCAAGAAGAGUUCUCUUGUAGCAAGGCUCUCACUUGGUGGCAUCAUGCCAAAACUCCGUCGCCAUGCCAGAUCGACAAGCCCGAAUCAGACCGAACAUAAAAGCACUGAUGGCUUUGAAGACAUCCAUUCAAAGAACGAAAAAACACAUGUGGAUUCUGCUAAAGAAACAGGGAGCUAUGAAAGUGACUUUCUCGACAAUGAGGUGCUUCCUGAAGAGGAUUUCUCUGGAACUGCUGUCAGCUAUUUGAGCAGUAAGAUAGAUGAGCACGAGCCAUUCACUGUGGUCCCUACUGAUGAAAAUGUUCUUAAACAUGACGACAAUGUGUCCAGCGUGAUUUCAAGCCAGUAUGAGGAAAUGCUACUUGAAGAAAAAUAUGCAAGCCAGAAUGAAAGCAGUCCAACAUUGAAUGAACCAGGCAUUACAACUAAAGAUACAUAUGACUCCAGCAGCAAUUCCAACACUACAAAAUGUGAAGGAAUCUCUGAAUCAACCCUAAGAAGCUCUCAGCUUGACUCCCAGGUUGAGGCAACGUUGGAUCAUGAACUUGAUUUCUUUGAGAAACUUGAAGAUGGAAGCAUUACUGUUAACGACCUACUAAACCACUUUGGUGUCAAAUCUGUAAUCCACAAAUCAAGACCCAGCGCGGUUCCUGACAAUUUUAGAGCUGCCAAAACUCACACAAUGGAGGACUCGCUUAAGGACAAAUACAUAUACCGUCCAAAGCAGAGAGUCUAUGAAAAAGAUUGCCAAAAGCUAACAAAGAUGGCUGAAGGAUUUAAAUCUCAAAUGGCUGAGCAAGACAAACCACUGAAAAACACCAACGAAGCAUUGCUGCAGAGUGUGUGUGCAUUUUCGAAAGUUCAGCUGCAGAGAUUUGGUACCAGGUUAAAGGAACAAAGAGUUUUUUACCGGAAGAAAAGCAAGGCAUUUUCCAAUGAAAUAAAGAAAGAACUGUAUUCUGAGCUCUUAAAAACAACACAGGAUGCUAAACACAACUUGAUGUGUAAAAUCAAGGAGACAAAUGAGAUGCUGAAAGAACUAGAUGGAUGUGUAAAUGAGCUGGAGUCUGAACUGGAAGGGAUGAAUGGCAUGGUCGUAAGAGAUCAACAGGUCCUCCUCAAAACCGUGCCUGUUUUAAAAGCAAAGCAAGAAGAUCUUGAUGCACUAAAUUCAGAAGUUGCUCAGACAGAGAAACACUUUGGCAAGCUUGAAGUUCAAGCACAAACUUUAGAGGAAACACAGGUAAAACUGCAAGAUGAAACCAGAGGACUAGAACAUCAGAUCACAACUAUAAAUAGUCUCAAUGAGUGGCGCUUCUGUGACCGAGAUGAUCAUAGGAUUGUUUUUACCUUUCUUCAUGGCACUCUGCGGCUGGAAGUGAAACCGAAAAAGGUCCCUGAGGCAGAAUUGGUACGUGAAGAUGUGGUACAGGAUGUGGAGAUAUCAUUUAAAUUUCUUUUAAAUGGUGAAGGCUCACAGUCCCAUGCGGUCAUGAUUCAUCAGUUACUUGCAAAUUACAUCCAGUCUCAAAAGAAGUGGGGUCUGGAAUACCCAACGACUCAACACAUACCACUGUUGCUCCAUGAUGUCAGCUUGGUGGUGGGCCGACUUCGACUUUUGGGCGAGGAAAUACAUCAGUUAAAAAAGUGGGGAGGCCUAAAGUUUGGAAUCUUGCAGAUUUCUUGCGUGGAUGCAAUGGUUGACAUUACGUUUUCCAGUGUAAGAGCAUUUGCUAAGUUUGAUCUUAGCCUUGCUGUUAAAGCAGACUAUCCCUUUGGGCCUGUACAAAUACAGAAAUUCCAGAAUCAUAUUGGCAACACAAGGGUGGACCAAAUUGAAGACAUUUUAUCCUCUGUAACACCAGCCAAGAAAUAUCUGACAAAAGUCAUCAGGAGGAUUCAUUCAGAUCUUUUGUGCUAAAAAAUGCUUUAAUGUCUUUAGUUUAUGUUUGCAAAAUGGGUCCCGUGUUGCUCAUAUACACUGAUCAGCCAUAACAUUAAAACCACCCCUUGUUUCUACACUCACUGUCCAUUUGAUCAGCUCCACUUACCAUAUAG